AUGACAACUAACGAACAAUUUCAAACUUCGAAUAUUCAACAAUCAAAUGGACCUGAAAAUGGUGAUACAACACAAGAACAAGAUGAUGAAGAAACAAGACUAACAUCUAAUACAUCUUCUGGACCAUCAUUACGACGAUCACGUUUUUUUCGUUCAAAACGUAAACAACGUUUACAGGAAGAACAACCUAAUUCAGUCAACAAUUAUAAUGAUGUAUCUGAUAAACCAGUUAAUUCGUCUGAAAGUUCAGAACAAUCUACUGAAGAAACGUCUGUUGAAAAAAUUUUAAUAAUUGAUACCAGUACUCCAAAUGAAGUAAAACUAAAACGACGUCCAUUUGUAUCGCCUCCACCUUCUCCUCCAUCUACGGAUGACAAUGAUGAAACAGACGCAAGUACAAUUUCAAAAGAAACUCAAUUUACAACACAACUUGAAGAUCUUGAUGCUGAACGUCAAGCUUAUUUAACAAAAAAAAACAAUAAUGACAAAUCAUCAUCUACCCAAUUAAAACCAUCUGCGCCUGCAAUUUUUUCUGGUUAUCAAAGAAAAAAAUCACAAUCAGUUAAAUUAACUAAUUCUGAUCGAAUUGAUGCAUAUCAAAAGAAAAAUGUACGUUUUGCUGAUGAUUUUGGUCUUGAUUUAAGUCAAAUUAAAGUAAUUAAAUCUGAUGAAUUACCUAAUGUGCCUAGUGCAGCAUUUAAAGAUUUACAUAUUAAUCGUGAUGAAAAUUUAGUAUCAUUUUAUCAAGAACGUAUGAAAUUAAUAACUUAUCUAGAACAACAAUUUGAAAAUCCUAUUCAUGCUCAAGGUUUUGAUGAUCGUGUUGCACGUCAUAAAAUUGCACUAGAACAAGCUAAUGCUAUUGAUAAUCGAAUAUAUGGAACAGUAAAAAUUAUUUCAUUCGGUUUUAAUAAACGAGUUAAAAUUCGUAUCACAACAGACAAUUGGAUGACUUAUCAGGAUCAUGAUGCAACAUAUAUUGUAGAUUCACAUGAUGGUACACAUGAUAGAUUUACAUUUACAUUAACUAUUGAUCGAGAUCGAAUAUGUGCUGGAAAUAAUAUUCAAUUUUGUAUUGGUUAUGAAUCAUAUGUUGGUCCAGAAUAUUGGGAUAGUAAUUAUAACGAAAAUUAUCGAUUUGUCUGUGUUUCAAGGACUAUACCUGAUUAUAGUAGUUAG